AUGGAAAUAGCUCCUCGAAUGGAAGCUAUGAACUGCCGUGUCCUCCUCGAUGAGGCGCUAGGGCGAGAUAUCUGGUUGGUGGGAGCUGUGCCAGCUUCCACUCCUAUACGAACAGUUCGGAUGACAUCGUUUCCGUUGUACGCUGAGACCUACAAGAUAGGAAAUCGUGUGUAUCGUCGAAAUGAAUACAAAAGGGCCAACACCAAUCGAGCCGAAGACACUGGGGAUACUCCUGAUGUGUAUGCAGAUGAAUUUGAGGACGAUGGACCAUCCUGCUUGUUCCCUGCGAAACGAGAACGGCAGUUGUCCGGCGAUGACGCAGUAACGGCGGUUCCUGGCCAGAAUUUGUGCGACAGUGAUCCGAGAGUCUCUUUUGACGGAGGGAAAUACACUGCGGAAAUCUACGUACCCAGUGCGUUCUAUGGGAAAUUAAUUGGUACUCGGGGAACUACCAGGCGUGAACUGGAAGAGUCCACGGAAUGUCGCUUGACGAUCCCUCGGAAAGGACAGAAGGGAAAUGUUGAAAUCAAAUCAUUCGUUGGUCUCGAGAAUGUACAACGUUGCUUGGAUCGAAUAGAGCUUCUUGUAGCUGAGGCGAGAAAAACGGCUCCGGUCACCCACUUUGUCGCUGUUCCAUGUGCGCAGCCGGAAAUUGUUCAGUCUUUCGAACUAUUCAAAGAGGCUGUUAUGAAUAAUCCAAGAGUUCCGGAGGAGUCUCGAAAUGCGGAACUUUUCACAUCACCCAUCAAAAUGCAUAUCACAGUGUGUGUUCUGUGGCUUUUCGACGACGAAGAGCAAAAGAAAGCGAUUGACGUCAUGAAUGAGUGUCGCGGCGACCUUCUGUAA